UGCGCUUUGAAGAGGCGAGGAGCAGCCGCUCGAAGCCGGUCCCAACGAGCAAGGGCGCUACGGCCUCCCGACCCCUUUUCCAGAGGUGAACGCCGGGAGCCAGGAGCCCGGGCACCUGGGUCUGCGAGGCGCGGGGCGCCCCGACUGCCUGCCUCCCCGCCAUUCGCGCGCCCCCAAGCUCAGCGUGCGAGGCCCCGGUCCCCCGCAGCAGCCGCCGCGCCAUGCUCCACCUUAGCGAGUUUUCUGGCCCCGACACGCUUCUGCUCAAGUCCGCCGACGAGGGCUGUUGCUCGGAACCCAGCACCGAAUUGCCCCGGCUGCCCGUCAGGGACACGGCCGCUGGCUACCCAGGAGCAGGCGACUUCUUGAGCUGGGCUUUGAGCAGCUGCAGCGCCGGGGGGGAUUUAGCCGACUCCUGCUUCCUGGAGGGGCCUGCGCCCACACCCCCUCCCAGCCUCAGCUACAGCGGUAGCUUCUUCAUCCAGGCAGUGCCCGAACACCCGCACGACCCUGAGUCACUCUUCAACCUCAUGUCGGGCAUCCUGGGCCUGGCACCUUUCCCCGGCCCUGAUGUGGCAGCAUCCCGGUCUCCGCUGGACGCUUUUCCCUCGGUCCCCGACGCCUUUCUGGCGGGUCCGCCGGACCUUUACUCCCCGGACGUGGGCGCUGCCGCCUUCACAGAGGCGUUCUGGGAGGCCUCGCCCUCGGCUGGCACCCCUUCGCAGUGCCUGUAUGAGCCUCAGCUCUCCCCACCCGACGUCAAGCCAGGCCGCCGGGCUCCUCCGGCCUCUCCAGCGCUGGACACUGCCUCGGCCUUCAAAGGUCCCUAUGCUCCCUGGGAGCUGCUUUCAGCCGGGGCCCCGGGGAGCUGUGGGUCCCAGGGAGGCUACCAGGCGCCCUCCGAGGCCCGUUUCCCCCCGAUGGGGACCAAGAUUGAGGAUCUGCUGUCCAUCAGUUGCCCCGCGGAGCUGCCGAUCGACUCGGCCAACAGACCCUACCCCACGGGGGCCUACGACGCGUUCCCGCUGGCCUUAGGAAACUUGGGGGAGGGGGCCGAGGGCCUCCCGGGGCUCCUGACCCCUCCUAGCGGGGAGGGGGGGAGUAGUGGCGACGGCGGAGAGUUUCUGGCCGGCACGCAGCCUCAGCUUUCCCCGCUGGGCCUCCGCAGCGCCGCGGCGGACUUCCCGAAACCCCUGGUGGUGGACAUCCCUGGGAGCAGCGGCGUGCCUGAGCCUCCAGGGCCGCCGGCCCCUUUCUCCCCAGCUAAGGCGCGGCGCAAGGGGCGCCGGGGCGGCAAGUGCAGCGCACGCUGCUUCUGCCCGCGGCCGCACGCCAAGGCCUUCGCCUGCCCGGUGGAGAGCUGUGUGCGCAGCUUUGCGCGUUCCGACGAGCUCAACCGCCACCUGCGCAUCCACACGGGCCACAAGCCCUUCCAGUGCCGCAUCUGCCUCCGCAACUUCAGCCGCAGCGACCACCUUACCACACACGUGCGCACCCACACGGGCGAGAAGCCCUUCGCCUGCGACGUGUGCGGCCGCCGCUUCGCGCGCAGUGAUGAGAAGAAGCGGCACAGCAAGGUGCACCUCAAGCAGAAGGCGCGUGCAGAGGAGCGGCUCAAGGGCCUUGGCUUUUACUCGUUGGGCCUCUCCUUCGCCGCCCUGUGAGGGAGAAGUAAGUUUGUAGGUUGGGGCGCCACCGCGCCGCGCGCCGAGGAAGACCUGGCCCGCCCCUUUCCCGGCACGCCCCGGGGCAGGCCUCCGACCCGGCUUGAAGCGCCCCCCACCAGUGCUCCGUUUAGCACCGGCACCGUGGACAGCUCCCGCCGUCCAGGAUCGUCUUCUCGUCUGCCGCGCUUGGGGGAAGUCAUUUCCUUGGGACUCAAGGGUGUUUUGUACCUGGCGCACGCCCUACGCCGUCCCAUAACCCCCCUGUCGUCCCGCAAAGACAGGCUGGGGUAGCGCCGAGCCGGUCUCGAGCGGUAUUUUGUACAGUAAUGUUUCCAGCAGCAAUUGGAUGUAACGUUUUGCUUUGGGGCUCUUUCCUGUUUGUUGUUCAUUUUUGUAAAGCAGACGCUACUCUCAAGCAUUUGCAAAACUGUUUAUUUUUGCAAUUAAAAGCAUUGUGCUAAAAGCUU